AUGGCCCCAAUUGAAUUGGCCAGUCGCUCAGGCGGUGCCAUGACGACCCUCUUGCGUCGUGCAGCCCGCACCUCCGGCUCCGGAGCACAUGCAUCAACAGCCUCAACCUCAACAUCACUGCUCACCCAACGUCGACAAUUUUCGAGCGUCAAGUCCCUCCCGCCCACCUACGAGAAGCUCUUCACCAAGUACACCGAUGUUCGAAAGGUCCUCGGCUCGCAGCGUCUCACGCUCGCCGAAAAGAUCCUAUACAGCCACCUCGACAACGUGGAGGAGAGUCUGCUGACCAACACGUCCAAUGGGCGUGACAUCCGCGGCAAUGCCAACCUGCGUCUGAAGCCGGACCGUGUCAACAUGCAGGAUGCGUCUGCGCAGAUGGCCCUGCUGCAAUUCAUGUCGUGCAAUCUUGAGCGGCCUGCCAUCCCGGCCAGCAUCCACUGCGACCAUUUGAUCGUGGGCUCCAAGGGCGCGGGGGAUGAUCUCGAGGCUGGCAUCGCCGCGAACAAGGAGGUGUUUGAUUUUUUGGAGAGCGCUGCCAAGAAGUAUGGCAUGGACUUUUGGCCGCCUGGCGCGGGAAUCAUCCACCAGACUGUGCUGGAGAAUUAUGCGUUGCCGGGGUUGAUGAUGCUGGGGACGGAUAGCCACUCGCCUAAUGCGGGUGGUUUGUGUACCGUGACGAUUGGUGUUGGUGGUGCUGAUGCCGUGGAGGCGUUGGUCGGCGCGCCCUGGGAACUGAAGGCUCCCAAGAUUCUUGGCGUCGAGUUGACUGGCAAACUUGGGGAUUGGGCGUCGCCGAAGGAUGUGAUAUUGAGGUUGGCGGGCGAGUUGACGGUUCGUGGUGGAACGGGCUCCAUCAUUGAGUACUUUGGCGAGGGUGUUGAGACGUUGAGCUUGACGGGCCAGUCGACGAUUUGCAACAUGGGAGCUGAGGUUGGCGCCACUACUUCAAUCUUCCCGUACACGCAGGCUUCUGCUCGGUACCUCCAGGCUACUCGUCGUGCGCAGGCUGUCGAGAACGUCAAUGCCCUGCAGAGCUUCCCUGAUCCUGGAGCUCCUGAGGACGCUCGCUUCCAGUUCAAGGCUGACGCAGGCGCUGAAUAUGACCGCGUUAUCAAGAUCAACCUGUCUGAGCUGGAGCCUCACAUCAACGGUCCCUUUACCCCAGAUCUCGCCACUCCGCUCAGCAAGUUCAAGGAUACCGUCAAGGACCAGCAGUGGCCCGAGAAGUUAUCAGCCGGCCUGAUUGGCAGCUGCACCAACAGCUCGUACGAGGAUAUGACCCGCGUGGAGAGCUUGCUCAAGGAAGCCGCCGAGGCAGGACUCAAGCCCGCUGCCGAUUUCUACAUCACCCCCGGCAGCGAACAGAUUCGCGCCACUCUAGAACGUGACGGAACGUUGGAGACUUUCGAAGGCGCCGGCGGCAUCUUGCUAUCCAACGCCUGCGGUCCCUGCAUCGGCCAGUGGAAGCGACAAGACGGCGUCGAAAAGGGAACCUCCAAUGCCAUCCUAUCGUCAUACAACCGCAACUUCCGCGGCCGCAAUGACGGCAACCCCGAAACCAUGAACUUCCUCGCCUCGCCUGAAAUCGUUACCGCCAUGGCCUUUGCCGGCUCAACUACCUUCAACCCCGUCACCGACACCCUCAAGACCCCAUCCGGCAAGGACUUCAAGUUCUCCCCGCCCCACGGCCUCGAAGGUCCCCAAACCCCCUUUGAAUCCGGCGUCCCCUCUCUCGGCGUCCUCUCCCAAGAAGCCGAUCCCUCCGUCAAGGUCGCCAUCUCCCCGACCUCCGAACGCCUCGCCUUCCUCGAGCCCUUCCCCGCCUUCCCGCAGUCCGACCUCAGCGGCCUCAAAGUCCUCGUCAAAGUAACCGGCAAAUGCACCACCGACACCAUCUCCGCCGCCGGCCCCUGGCUCAAAUACAAGGGCCACCUCCCUAACAUCUCCACCAACACGCUCAACACAGCCAUCAACGCCGAGACGGGCGAAGUCAACGCCGCCUACGACCUCGACGGCUCCAAGCACACCAUCCCCGAACUCGCAGAGCUCUGGAAGACCCGCGGCCAGGAAUGGCUCGUCGUCGCAGAGCACAACUACGGCGAGGGCUCGGCGCGAGAACACGCCGCCCUGCAGCCGCGGUAUCUUGGCGCAAGGGUCGUUCUCACCAAGAGCUUUGCUCGAAUCCACGAGACGAAUCUGAAGAAGCAGGGUGUUGUGCCGUUGACGUUUGCCAACGAAGCCGACUACGAUAAGAUUGCUGCGGGGGAUGAAGUCAGCACGGUGGGCUUGUAUGACAUGUUGAAGAAUGAGGGCAAGGGCGAUGUGCAGCUUAAAGUGAAGAAGAGCACUGGCGAGGAGAUUCUCAUCCCAACUAACCAUGCUGUUACUAGGGAUCAGGCUGGGUUUAUUUUGGCUGGUAGUGCGUUGAACUUGCUUUCAAAGGGAAUUUGA